CUCUCUUCCUCCUUCUUCUCCUGUAGCCUCUCUCUCUCCGGGCACACACGUUUCUACUGUUCUCGGUCCAUCUUCUCCGAGGAGGCGUUCCAUUUGCAUGGAAAAGGGCCACCUCGGUGGCGGCGGACUCGCUCUCGACGCGUCGCCGCGCCCGCUCGGAUUCCUCAACCUGCUCUCGCCGCCGCCCUUCCACAGGAGCAUGGAGGCGGACGACGGCAGCGCUAGCGGUAGAGGGCGGAGGUCCGUGGAGGUGGACUUCUUCUCCGACGAGAAGAAGAACAUGAAGAAGAGCCGGGUCUCGGCCGCCGACGCGGAGGAGGAGCGCAAUAAGGGCCAGGACGCGGCGUCCAUCAAGAAGGAAGACUUCACCAUUAACCUCCUUCCGGGGAACAACAACGCGAGGAGCGACCGGUCGACGGUGGUGGACGACGACGCGGCGUCCCGGCGGCACGCGGAGGACAAGAACAGCCGGAACGCCAGCGAGCUGGCGGCGAUGCAGGCGGAGCUGAGCCGCAUGAACGAGGAGAACCAGCGGCUGCGGGGGAUGUUGACCCAGGUCACCAACAGCUACCAGGCGCUGCAGAUGCACCUCGUCGCGCUCAUGCAGCAAAGGAACCAGCUGCAGCUGCCUCCGGCCCAGCCGCAACAACAACCUCCGCAUCACGAGGAUGGCGGUAAGACCGAGCAGGGUGCCAUGGUGCCCAGGCAAUUCCUCGGUUUGGGUCCCUCCGGCGCCGGCGCUGAUGUGGUGGAGGAGCCGUCCAACUCGUCCACGGAGGUCGGGAGCCCGCGUCGGUCCUCGUCCAAUGGAAACGACGACCCUGAGCCAGCGGCUGCCGGGCCCGGCGGACACGCGAUGAGCGGCCAGCAGCUGGGGGUAGCGCCCAAGGGCCAUGACCAGCAGCAGCAGGCGCAGGAGGCCACCAUGAGGAAGGCCCGCGUAUCCGUUCGCGCGAGAUCAGAAGCUCCAAUCAUCGCCGAUGGCUGCCAAUGGAGGAAGUACGGGCAGAAGAUGGCCAAGGGCAACCCUUGCCCACGCGCCUACUACCGCUGCACCAUGGCCACCGGCUGCCCGGUGCGCAAGCAGGUGCAGCGAUGCGCCGAGGACCGCAGCAUCCUCAUCACCACGUACGAGGGCACCCACAACCACCCGCUCCCGCCGGCGGCGAUGGCGAUGGCGUCCACCACGUCGGCCGCCGCCUCCAUGCUGCUCUCGGGCUCCAUGCCCAGCGCCGACGGCCAGGGCCUCAUGAGCUCCAACUUCCUCGCCCGCACCGUGCUGCCCUGCUCCUCCAGCAUGGCCACCAUCUCCGCCUCCGCGCCAUUCCCGACCGUCACGCUCGACCUCACCCACGGCCCGCACGGCCCGCCGCCGCCCAACGCCCUGCCGCUCAGUGCCGCGCGGCCGGCCGCGCCGGGGCAGUUCCAGAUCCCGCUCCCCGGCGGCGGGAUGGCUCCGGCCUUCGCGAUGCCGCCCCACAUGCUGUACAACCAGUCCAAGUUCUCCGGCCUGCACAUGUCGUCCGACUCCUCCUCCGUCGAUGUUGCGCAGUUCGCGCAGCCGAGGCCGCCGGCGAUGGGCCAGCUGUCCGACACCGUCAGCGCGGCCGCCGCGGCGAUCACCGCAGACCCCAACUUCACGGUGGCGCUCGCGGCCGCCAUCACGUCGAUCAUCGGCGGCCAGCACGCGGCCGCUGCCGCCGGCAACAGCAACGCCAACAACAACAACACAAACAGAAACAACGACAACAACAACGACGACGUGACCAUGACGACGAGCAACAACACCAACAGCGAGACGCAAUGAGCGGCAAGCUUCUUCGUCCAUGCCGAUCGAACGAGUUCAGAUAGGUUUGCAAGUUAUACAAGCGCCGAGGCGCGCAUGAAUGGCGUUCCAUUCUUCUUUGUUCAGGAUUAGGUUCUCUCUUGAGAUCUCCCGUUGGUUUUGACACCACAGAGGCUCAAGCAGGCAAGAUAUACAAUCACUUUUUCUUUCGUGGGUGACAAACAGAGUUGUAUUAGUUCAUUUCUUCUCCUUGGUUCUCUUCUUCCAUCGAUCGCCAACAGUUGUUGAUAUUUCCAUGCACUGUAAUAAUAGUAGUACAGUAGUAAAUGAGUACAAUAAUAACGCCUCCCGAGAUUUUUGGAUGCUAGUCAA